AUGGUAAAGGAUCAAUUACAAGUUCUUAAUGCACUUGAUGUAGCUAAAACACAAUGGUACCAUUUCACAGCGAUUAUAAUUGCUAGCAUGGGAUUCUUCACUGAUGCAUAUGACCUUUUUUGCAUUUCAUUGGUCACCAAAUUGCUUGGUCGCAUAUAUUAUCACAAGGAAGGUGAUUCUACCCCCGGAACACUUCCGUCCAAUGUCUCGGCUGCCAUUAAUGGUGUUGCCUUUUGCGGUACUCUUGCGGGACAGCUCUUUUUCGGUUGGCUAGGUGAUAAGAUGGGACGAAAACGUGUCUAUGGCAUGACACUAUUGCUCAUGGUUAUCAGUUCGGUUGCCUCUGGUCUUUCGUUUGGCAGUGACUCUAAAUCCGUGAUGGCUACACUUUGCUUCUUUCGGUUUUGGCUUGGUUUUGGUAUUGGUGGUGACUAUCCUCUUUCUGCUACAAUCAUGUCCGAAUACACUAAUAAAAAGACUCGUGGUGCUUUUAUUGCUUCUGUUUUCGCGAUGCAAGGUUUCGGGAUAUUGGCUGGUGGGAUGAUUGCCAUUAUGGUUUCUGCAGUAUUUAAGGCUUAUUACCCUGCACCAAGUUAUGAAAUUGAUGCUAACCUAUCGACUGUGCCUGAAGCUGAUUAUAUUUGGAGGAUUAUCUUGAUGUUUGGAGCAUUCCCGGCUUUGCUCACCUAUUAUUGGCGCACAAAGAUGCCCGAAACCGCUCGUUACACUGCCUUGGUCGCCAAGAAUGCUAAACAAGCAGCAGCAGAUAUGUCAAAAGUUCUUCAAGUCGAUUUGGAAUCAGAACCAGAGAAACUACAACAAAAGAAAGGGAACGAGUUCGGGUUGUUCACCACACGGUUUUUCAAUCGACACGGACCCCACUUGCUCGGUACCACAAGCACUUGGUUCUUACUAGACAUUGCUUUCUAUAGCCAAAACCUGUUCCAAAAAGACAUCUUUAGUGCCAUUGGUUGGAUCCCAAAGGCAAAAACCAUGAAUGCCAUUGAAGAAGUUUAUAAAAUUGCAAGAGCUCAAACUCUCAUUACACUAUGCAGCACUGUUCCUGGAUAUUGGUUCACAGUGGCAUUAAUUGAUAAAAUAGGAAGAUUCAAGAUCCAAUUGAUGGGAUUCUUUUUCAUGACAAUUUUCAUGUUUGCAUUAGCAAUCCCAUACCAUCAUUGGACACUACCCAACAACCGGAUCGGAUUCGUUAUCAUGUACUCGCUAACGUUCUUUUUUGCAAAUUUUGGACCGAAUGCCACUACGUUUGUAGUCCCUGCCGAGAUUUUCCCAGCAAGGUUGAGAUCAACAUGCCAUGGAAUAUCAGCUGCAUCAGGCAAAGCAGGGGCAAUGGUGGGUGCUUUCGGGUUUUUGUAUGCUGCAGACGCUAUCGGAGUGAAGAAAUCACUAAUGAUUCUGGCUUUCAUUAACUUUCUGGGAAUGUUGUUCACAUUUUUGGUGCCUGAAUCUAAAGGAAAAUCACUGGAAGAGAUAUCUGGGGAAGCUGAUCAAGAAAAAGGAACUGAAACACAAUCUGGCUAG